AUGGAGGAAACCAAUAAGAGCAAUAACGUGGAAAAUACAAAUGAUGUGGAGAUUAUAACUGAGGAAGAAGUUGAUGACUUGGAAGAUGUAACAGUUCUAAUGGAAGGUCAAAAAAAGAAAAGACGUAGGAAAACUUCACUAGUUUGGCCACACUUUGAGAUGGUUUCUCCCGGACCAGACAAGAAGCCAAGAUGCAAAUGUAAGAGAUGUGGACUUGUUUACUUGGUUCCAGGUAAUUACGGAACUGGAAACUUAAGGCGUCAUUUGGAAAAUUGUGUGAGAAGAGAUACACGAGAUGUGGGUCAAUUACUUUUAAGUAAAAAUGGUGGGGCUGUAUCUAAAUUUGAACCUGAUAAAUUUAGAGAGUUGCUAGUUGCUGCUAUUGUUAUGCAUGACUUACCAUUUCGUUUUGUUGAGUAUACUGCCAUAAGAGCUAUAUUUGCUUAUUUAUGCCCUGAAGCUACCAUUAUUACUAGAAAUACUGCUAGGGCUGAUUUGAUUAGGAUGCAUGGAAGGGAGAAAGAAAAGAUUAAAUUCAUGUUAAAAGAUGCUCCAAGUAGAAUUAGUUUAACAUCUGAUUUGUGGACUUCUGUAACCACUGAUGGAUAUAUGUGCAUUACUGCACAUUUCAUUGAUAGAAACUGGGUUCUACAAAAAAGGGUGUUGAAUUUUUGUUUUAUGCCUCCACCACACAAUGGAGUUUCUUUGUCUGAGAAAAUGUAUAAUUUGCUUUGUGAGUGGGAAAUUGAGAACAAGGUAUUCUCUGUGACUUUAGAUAAUGCCUCCUCUAAUGAUGUUUCUGUUGAAAUCUUGAGAACUCAGUUGAGUAUUAGGAAAGCACUUGUUUGUAAUGGUGAUUUUUUUCAUCUUCGUUGUUGUGCUCAUAUUCUUAAUUUAAUAGUACAAGAUGGCUUAAAGGAGAUUGAUAUUGCUAUCCAAAAAAUUCGAGAAAGUGUUAAAUAUGUGAAAGGUUCACAGGUGAGGAAGCAAAAAUUUUUAGAGUCGGUGAAUCAAAUGUCUUUAGAUGGUAAGAGAGGCUUAAGACAAGAUGUUCCCACUAGGUGGAAUUCUACCUUUCUUAUGAUUGAGAAUGCUCUUUACUACAGGCGUGCUUUUUGUCAUUUAGAAUUGACUGACUCUAAUUAUAAGAAUUGUCCCACUGUUGAUGAGUGGAGUAAGGUAGAAAAGAUUGACAAAUUCUUGGCUGUUUUUUAUGAUGCUACUUGUGCAUUUUCUGGAACCAAAUAUCCUGCUGCCAAUUUGUACUUUCCAUCAGUGUUCAUGAUUUAUUUAACCUUGAGGCAACAAAUGGAGAAUGAAGAUGAGUACAUGAGAAGAAUGGCAAUCCAGAUGCUUGCCAAGUUUGAGAAGUAUUGGUUGGACUUCAAUGUACUACUAGCUAUAGCAGUUUCUUUGGACCCUCGUUAUAAGCUUCAAUUUGUGGAUUUUUGCUAUAAGAAGCUUUAUGGAUAUAGUGGUUCUCCUGCAUAUUUGAAUGUUCGUGAGAAAUUAUUUUCUCUUUUCUUGGAAUAUGCAAGUAAUGCUCCUACAACAUCAACGGCUACUGGAAAACGUGGUGGAAAGGUUGUUAAUGUGAGUCCAAUUCAAUCUUUUAGCAAAGAGACUAGAGCAGUUAUGCAGGAAUUUGAUUCAUUUGAAAUUGAUGAAGAGUCUGCCCAUUCACAAAAAAGUCAAUUAGAGCUCUAUUUGGAUGAGCCAAGAGUAGACAGGAGUGCAAACUUAGAUAUUCUCUCAUUUUGGAAAGGAAAUCAAUUUCGAUUCCCUGAAUUAGCUUCCAUGGCUCGUGAUGUUUUGAGUGUUCCUAUUUCUACUGUUGCCUCAGAGUCUACUUUUAGUGUUGGUGGGAGAGUGAUUGAUCAAUUUAGGAGUUCAUUGAGGCCGGACACUGUUGAGGCAUUGGUUUGCACUAGAGAUUGGCUGUAUGGAGAGAAAGGUUUAAUUCAGAGAUAUUCUCGCGCAUGCUAUGACAUUGCCAUGUUUGUAUACACAGCAAUACUGGUCAUCGUUGGACUUGGAUCAGAUGAAUUAAAGAAGAUAAAAGAGAGGCACGUUUUAUCUCUUAGAGUCCUAAAACGUACUAUCAAAGCUUUACCCACAAAUUAUUACCUUUUGGAAAAAGGGCAGAACCCUGGGCGGAUACGUACUGUGGACGAAGUUAUUGACAAGGACAUCGGUUCAUCCUCUAAAGACAAGUUUCCAAUGGCUAUCCAUGAUGAUACGGACGAAGGCAAAAAUAUAGCACUCUUGGUAGUGGAUAACAGGCAGCCCCAGAUACAUCAGCUAUUGCUUAAGAGAGAGGGGAACAACGCAUUGCAUCUUGCAGCGAAGCUAUGGAUAAGUUCAUCCUCUAAAGAGGAUGAGCUUAAGAAAAAAGAGACAUCCAUAUUGGCUGCGGCUAGAAAUGGUAUCACGGAAAUAGUGGAGGAAAUACUCAACAGCAACAAGUAUUCAAUGUCGAUCCAUGAUGAGACGGACGAAGGCAAAAAUAUAGCACUCUUGGCAGUGGAGAACAGACAACCCAAGAUCUAUCAGCUAUUGCUUAAGAAAGGGUUACUGACAGAGACAAUGCUGCAAAAAUUGGAUAAAGACGGGAACAACGCAUUGCAUCUUUCAGCGAAGCUAGGAAUAAAUAAGCCCUGA